AUGCCCGAUACUCUUACGAAGCUACCUCAAGCCCUAGAAGGAAACGCACAUCCUAUGGAUAUGCGUGUUGAGGAUGCCGAGGGUUCGCGUAAGGAGGACGAGAUCCUAAAGGGUGGACUGACUGGAUGGCUUCAAGUGAAAGGAUCUUUUUUCUUGUUCUUUAAUACAUGGGGAAUCAUUAACUCGUAUAUAAUAUUUCAGACAAAUUACGAAACAGGUCUGCUCUCGACGUCCAACUCGUCUGAUAUAUCAUGGAUAGGGUCCGUCUCAUCUUUCAUCAUCAUGUUCGUUGCGGUGAUUACCGGACACAUUUAUGAUGCCGGAUACUUCCGGACUCUCUUGAUUUCCGGCACGGGGCUGGUUGUUGUUAGCCACAUGUUGCUCAGCAUUUGCAAAAGUUAUCGGCAAAUCAUGCUUUGUCAGGGCGUAUGCAUAGCCCUAGACUCUGGAGCUCCCUUCAUGCCUGGUGUCGCCAAUCUCCCCACACACUUUACGACCAGAAUCUUUUUGGCCGUCGGCAUCGCUGCGUCGGGCAGCAGCCUGGGUGGCGUGAUCUACCCCAUCAUCUCCCAUAUUCUACAACCGCGCCUGGGAUUUGACUGGACGGUUCGCGUCAUUGUACUUAUCGCUUUAUUCGGUUUACUACUACCAAUCCUCUCAAUGCGUGUGCGAAAAUUCUCCUCGACGCGUCGCAAGAUUAUCGAUUGCACAGCCUUUCAGGAACCGCCUUAUAUAUUCUUCACCCUGGGACUCUUCCUUGCAUUCAUGGGGCUCUACGUACCGCUCUACUAUGUACAACUUCAUGCUAUCGACGGCGGCAUCACCGACUCAAAUCUCGGUUUCUAUCUACUGCCGAUUCUAAAUGCCGCUUCUGUUUUUGGACGCAUCAUUCCGCAUUACCUGGAAGUGCAUCCAUUCAACCAAGACGCUUUCAACAAAGCCAGUAAAGAGGAAAGCUUAGAUGCAAUCGAGGGUGUUGGUUAA